AUGGACAGCGCGCUGUACCACUCAGCGGGAAUAUUCGGCGCCCCUUCGGCUUCGACGGGAGGAAGCAUGAUCGCGAGCUCCAAACCUCUCGCUUUUUCGAUCGAAAGGAUUAUGGCCAGGACGCCCGAACCAAAGUCGAUACCGUUCCCGAACUUGUUCCACGCUCCCGUGGGGAAAGCGGAACCCAAGCAGUCUCCCGCCCCGCUGCAUUGCAUGAUCCCCCUCAUGCCGCUCGCCUGCGAGCCGCCUCAUAAACUUCACGUCAAUGGAUUAGACCACUCUGACGCUGUUUCCUACAACGCGAAUGAGCUGCUAAGCAUCGGGUUGAAUUACAAGAACGAGCAGCAAGACGCGACCCCGGCCAUCGGACAGUACAAACUCUUCCGGCCGCGCGUGGUCAACCAGUCGUCGUUCCACGCCAUGGGCGCCGCCGUCUGUUACCUGAACUGCGGGGAAAGCGCCUGUCCGCCUCACGCGGGUCUGGUGAACCUGCACCCCAUGGCGUCGUAUUUCCUCAACACGCCGCUGCACGCGCGCCAGAAGAGCCUGUUUUCCUCGGAGAAGUGCAAACCGGGCGCAGCUGCGGACAGGUGUCCCCCUCCCGGCGUGUCUUUUAAGGAGCUUUCUCACUCUCACCUGCACCAUUACAUGAAGGAGAGCGCGCACAUCUUGUCGGAGAAGUUGUUCAAGAACUCCGCGGCCAAAUUAAACAGCGGCUUUCCUCAAACCAAACCAAAGGUGUUCACCUGUGAAGUUUGUGGCAAGGUGUUCAACGCGCACUAUAAUUUAACGCGUCACAUGCCGGUUCACACGGGCGCCAGACCGUUCGUCUGCAAAGUGUGCGGCAAAGGAUUCAGACAAGCGAGCACUCUGUGUCGCCAUAAAAUAAUCCACACUCAGGAAAAACCGCAUAAAUGCAACCAAUGUGGCAAAGCUUUCAACCGAAGUUCAACUCUCAACACUCAUACACGAAUUCACGCGGGAUACAAACCCUUCAUCUGUGAAUUCUGCGGCAAAGGAUUUCAUCAGAAAGGAAACUACAAGAACCACAAACUGACCCACAGCGGAGAAAAACAGUUCAAGUGCAAUAUCUGCAACAAAGCUUUCCACCAGGUGUACAACCUCACAUUUCACAUGCACACGCACAACGACAAGAAGCCUUUCACCUGUCCGACAUGCGGCAAGGGUUUCUGCAGGAACUUUGAUCUUAAGAAACACAUUAGGAAACUGCACGACAGUUCCCCAGGACCCCGCUCUCCAUCGACCCCCACUGCGAACCUGCAGUGA